CGCGCAAACCCAUGCGAAUAUACCGCUCUGUAAAAUGGCGGUGUAAAGAGGUUUGUUCAAAUACACAGAGCGGUGUUACCUGUUAAGGUGUUCAGCCAGACGUUACCUGGAGCUGUCAGAGGCGCGCGGAGGCAGAGACCGGACUUUACGUUACAGACAAGAGCCGGUGGGAUGGCGAAGAGGAUCGCUGAUAAGGAGCUCACGGACAGGAACUGGGAUCAGGAGGAGGAGGGCGAGGAGGCCGGGACGUUUUCAGUGGCGAGUGAAGAUGUGCUUAAGAAUCGAGCAAUCAAGAAGGCCAAACGCAGAAACACUGGAACCGAGAGCGAGGGCAGUGGAGCAUUUAAAGGCUUUAAAGGCUUCUCUUUGACCGCGGCGGCAAGCAGCAGCUCAGCUCCAACUCCCUUCUCCGGGUUUGGGAAUGGCGGAAGCUUCAAAGGCCUCGGCGGUUUGACGAAUGGGAACGGCGUCACGCCCUCCUUCGGAGGUUUCUCCUCACCUGCAGCGUCCUCGUCUGCACCUGGUCUGACCUUUAACGGGCCAUCCUCGGCUAAACCCGCCGCUGAUAUUGCCACCAAGCAGACCAAUGGCUCCGCCCCCAGUGCGAGUCAGAGCUCCAGCAGCAGCAAUAAAGAGUACAGCCGGCAGCUCACGGCGCUCAACUGCUCAGUGCGGGACUGGAUCACCAAACACGUGAACGACAACCCGCUGUGCGACCUCAACCCUAUCUUCAGGGACUACGAGCGCCACCUGGCCAGCAUUGAGCGCCAGUAUGGCGGCGGAUCAGCUGACGGAGGCUCUGAGGAGAAGAAGCAUGGAGGGACGCUGCCAGCCACAGCCGCAGUUCUUCCUCCUCCUUCAUCUUCCUCCGGCAGCAGCUCGGCGGCCUCCACUCCUGCUGCCUUGUUCUCCUUCACCAAAAACACAACAGACGACUCAACCCGGGAGAAAAGCUCCGCCGCCGCUCCAAUCCCUGCCGGAGUCACGUUCAACUUCGGCCAGAAGGUGGACAGCUCGGUUCUGGGCUCCUUAGGGAACAAAUCGACUCCCCCCAGCUUCUCCUUCUCCUCCUCCUCCUCCUCCAGUCAGACCUCAGUGUUCGGAGCUCCAGGAUCAGCCGCUCCGCUGUCCUUUAGUGGGGCGAAAGCCGAGGACGCUCAACCCACAGACGAAAACGGUGACGAGGAGUCGGAAGAGCCGCCCAAGCCUGAGGUCAAAGAGGUGAAAGAGGACGAUGCUUUCUACUCCAAGAAGUGUAAAAUGUUCUAUAAGAAGGAGUCGGAGUUCAAAGAUAAAGGAGUGGGAACGCUGCACCUCAAAAAUACACCCGAGGGGAAAACUCAGAUGAUCAUCCGAGCCGACACCAACCUGGGAAACAUCCUGCUGAACAUCAUCGUGCAGUCAUCCAUGCCAUGCACUCGGGUGGGGAAGAAUAACGUGAUGGUGGUGUGCGUGCCAAAUCCGCCCGUUGACGAAAAGAACCCCACCACCCCCGUCCCCCUGCUGAUUCGGGUCAAAACCUCCGAGGACGCAGACGAGCUCCACAAGAUCCUUGAAGAGAAGAAAGCCUGAGCUGACCCCGCCCCACCUCCCCCAGGGUUUUAGCAGACUCCGCAGUGGUUUUAGCAGUGGUCAUCCUCAGACUCCGCCCCCUCCCACGCGGACUCACUGACCUCUUCAUCGCGCCGGUUUAUCCACACACACAUGCACACACCCCCAUCGUUUCCUCGUCUGAUCACAACGAAUUGGUUGUCAAACUGUGAAUCGUUUCUUUGAAUCGUAACAAUCGAAGCAGGUCGUCGCCUACAUUCCCUCCGGUUCAUCGCCGCCGCUGCUGUUAGUGUAGUGCUUCAGUUUUACGGUUUGAAUCUGUCGAGUGACUGAACGCGUGACUUCCUGAGCAGUUUUUGGGGAGCGCUCUAAGUAACGGGCCAGUCGAUUUGGUUUUACAAAUUAAAUACCUGCAGUAACAUUUCCUUUUAGAGUGUGUCUGCUGAGUGUUUUUGUGUUUUUGCUCUGGAAACUAUUUAUUGUGUCGGCAGAGUUUCUACUCGGAGUGAAUGUUCCCCCGAAGAGCGCGGCGUUUAUUCUCUGUAAACACGGACUGUCGUUUUCCAAGUGUCCUUUGUGUGGCCUUCAGCUCGGCCUUCCAGAUGCCGUCAUCAUCUGAGAACAUUUGUAAAGACAUUUAUUGGAGAAUAAAAGGAAACGAAACAA